CUAACCCUUGCCAAGGUCAGUCGAAUCCCGCCUAUUCGACACGUUGAUGUGAAUGACGGAGGCUUGCUCAGAACGUCCUCACUAUUUUGCUGAAGAGUGAUAAUCUAUGUUGUCAUUAAGCUUAAGUACCUGUAUGUCAGCUCUUGGUGAAGAACCAGGAGAGAAUCACAUAAUUGGUUUUAAAGGUUCAUGUCACUAUUAUCAUUACGGUGCCCAGGGCAUUGAUGACCAAGGUUGGGGCUGUGGUUACAGAACACUACAAACAAUUUUGUCUUGGUAUCAGCUCACAAAAUCCUGUUCUUUCGAUGUACCUACUUUACUUAGCAUCCAAAGUAUAUUACAUGAGAUUGGGGACAAGCCGAGAGUUUUUGUAAACUCUCAUGAUUGGAUUGGAGCAUACGAGUGUGGAUUAGUGAUACAAUAUCUAACAAAGAUAAUACACGUAGUAGGAGGUAAUUUUACAGAGGAAAUCAUCGAAUCAUUGGUUCAUCACUUCCAAAUACAAGGAUCACCAGUUAUGCUAGGAAUUCUUGCAGUAAAAACGUUUCUUGCUAGACCAACAAUGUUUUUAAUCUGUGAUCCCCAUUAUUUUGAAAUCCAUGGAAACCCAAAUAUCGCUAAAUUGUGCGAAGGAAAGUGGUUACGAUGGUGCAAAGUUAGUGAAUUUUCAGAGAAACAGUUUUAUAAUUUGUGUCUGCCUUUAUGA